AUGGAUCCCGAUGGAUUAGAAGAUGCGCUGGACCUGUCUAAGGACAGGUCUCAGAACCAGGGCGUGUACAUUUACCAGCCCGCAAAAGCUGGGAAACCCUCCAGUGAACGACCCUCGAAACGCCGUAAGGUCUCGAUGACCCAAGAUCCAAAUGAGAAACUGGAUGGCCCAGGCUUUGUGCCCUUGUUGAACGGAGAAGAGAGUGCCGAUUGUGUGCAGUUGCGAUACAAUACCUACAAACAACUAUGGUCGGACCAGGAACACAAGAUUCAAUCUAUCUUGGAAGAUGUCGAUGCCGGUGUCUUGACAGACGUGCUAUCUUUUGUCCAGGAGACUUCGCCACAGACGUACAACGGAUGUAUUCCUACAGCUCUAGUGACCGUGGGAUCAAAUGUCUCCUCGCUUAGCAGAUUACUCUCUCGUCUCAAUGAUCAACUCAAAUCUACCAAUGAAGGUGGUGUAAUCGUUCUCGAGUCCGGGGAUGCGCCCAACUUGAAAACAUCCUUGAAAAACAUUAUCCGAGCGGCGGUCACCAACACCGAGGGUAAUGAUGGCUAUCAGAGAUUCCUCACCGAUCGUUCUGGACCUCGAGUGCUCGGGUAUGAUUUGGAUCUACUCCACGACUAUGUCCAGAGAAGAGGCACCAAGAAACUUGUGCUUGCUUUACGAGACAGUGAGGCUUUCGAUCCUGGUCUUUUGACGGAUCUAUUUUCAUUAUUCACAUCUUGGCUUGAUCGGAUACCAUUCACAGUAUUACUUGGAAUUUCAACAUCCGUUGAGCUCUUCGAAGGUCGGUUGCCUCGUUCUUGUGUUUCACUGCUACAGGGAAAGCAUUUCGAAGUGCAAGAGGCAGGUAACUGCGUGGAUCGUAUUUACGAGGCCCUUCAAACCAGCUCGGAUGCAAACAUUUGGGUUGGUCGCAAUAUAACAACCAUGCUAUUUGAAAAGGCUAGCGACUAUUUCCAAACUCCAGAAGCCUUCAGUCGCAUGGUCAAGUAUUCAUGCAUGUCACAUUUCUUUGCCAAUCCUCUGUCUGUGCUUCUGGGAAACCCGGAUCCUUCUAUUCUGUCACAAGGUCGCUUUUGUGAGGCCAUCAGAAAUCUCCCGUCAUUUCGAAUGUUCUGUGAAGAUUUAAUAGAAACCGGCUCCCCUAAUGAAGCGCGGAGUAUGAUAGAGGAUAAUGACUAUCUUCUACGGGCCGUUUUGGAUCACGUUGACGCAGGUCAACAAGCAAUGCGACAUAUCUUCCGCACAGUGCUUCUCAUCCAUACAUGCCUCCAGCAUACACAUGCCACAAAGAAGACAACUAUCUCAGACCUCUCUGUCCGUGCCCUCUCCGGGGAGCUGAUCGAGUCACCGCUUGUGCAGGAUAUGUUGACCACAGUGAGGACUCUGGACUCUGAGAAGCUGAGCGAGGUGCUGGACACCCUUCCCAAGACCUUACCCGCCGAUUCGCCUCUCCCUGAAAUCCAAGCCGAUCUAAAGGGUCUGCUGGAAAGAUACCCAGAUUCCUUACCGCUACGCAGCGAAUACAACAUCAACAGCUCGGUGACAACAGCGGCUGUUGUUCAGCAGCGGGUUCUGCUUACCAAAAGCAAGGCCAUGCUGCCAAAGCAAGAUGUCGAAUACACUCAGAUCGUUGAUCGCCUCGUUGGUGCAUUGCAGGAGUAUUUCACUGAUACUUUGGUUCGGCCACAGGAUCUUUUCAUGAACGAAGCGUUUGUUUUUGACCUGCGCAAUCCCUUAAAAGAGACAUUCACCCCUCGGCCCCGUUUUGCCAUUGAAAGGGCCCUGGCUAGUCCAUUUGAUUACUUGAUUUCUUCUUCAACUGCUGCUUCCGGAGCCAGGAUAUCCUCAAAGCAGCCAGCUGCUGCCAUCCUAUAUCAACUUUACCUCGAGUCUGGCGCUCUGGUGAAUGUCCACGAUCUGUGGCAGGCCUUUUAUGGGGUUUAUGACAACGACAAAGAAAAGAAGGUUGAUGACCGAGUCAUCAUGUCGUUGUUUUACGGUGCUCUAUCUGAUAUGAAGAUGUUUGGUAUGAUUAAAAAUAGUCGGAAGAAGACGGACCAUUUGGCCAAGUCAUCUUGGAUGGGGUUGUAA